AUGGAUGCAGACAGGAGGCUGACUAAAGCCCUGGAAGUAGCCAGUGAUGCUCUGCAGCACCUGUCCAUGUCGCCAGACUUCUCUUGCCUCGACUGUACCCACAUCGACCGGUUGGUGGGGCGAGUCGUCGACCUACCAACCGAGGGCAACCAGAGAAACAGUAGGCGAAACCUCCUGGUCAUAAGGCAAUGGAUGAUCACGGAAGGUCCAGGCGUGGUGCUCCUGGAAGUCCUUGGUCAGCUGUACUGGCGCCUGGGCGAGCUCAACAGCAAGCAGUUUGAGAAGUUCAAGGCGACGCUUCAGCAACAGCAGCCUUACUUGUCGCUCAUCCAGGACACUGCCGCUGUCACCCUGGUUCUGCAGAGGUUGCAGCAUAUCCAGAGAGUGAAGGCGGAAGCGUGUCAGGAUUUCCUGUGCGAGCUGUCUGAUCUGACCGGACUGAAAGCAGUCGACUCUCCAACAGCUGAGAGAGAUGUCUCUAGGUCGAGGUCGAGGUCCGGCAGUCCUUUUACACCGGGAUCGACCCACUCCUUCGACAGCGGUUCGUCGCAAGAGACCGGCUUUACGAGUCUGGUCAAGUACGUGCCGUCGCCGAGUGCGUGGGCGGGCGACAUGGAACAGCUCCUGAUUGACUUUUACCUCAAUGGGAUAUGUCCCGGGCGCACUGUUGCGACGCAGUCGAACGGCUACAUGUCGCUGCUCCAGGUGGCAACGACCUGUCCCAGCACGCGCUUUGCUCUGCUCAGUCUAUCCGCCUCGUACAUAUCCGAGUACUUGCCUUCGCAGAAGGACCUGUAUCAACACGCCGAGCUGUACUACUCGACACAAGCUCUGCAGGCGCUCGCGACGCAGAUCGCGAACGGCGACGACUACAACGGCGCGCUGGCCACGAGCAUGCUGCUCAUGCACCACGGCGCUGUCAACAGCUCGCCAGACGCGCCGCUGUGCUGGUCGUGCCACGCGAAUGUCUUCGACAUCAUCCCCGACAGCAUGAUCGACCAUCAGUCGGAGCCAGCGCUGUUCAUCCGCGCACAGCUGACGCUCGCUCGCACGGCGCAGACGUCCGAGACGCUGAAAGCGACGCGGUUCCACUCGCUCGAGACCAGGUCGUGGUACGAGGGCACACGGCCGAGCGAGGGGCGGAAAAUCUGCUCCAUCCUCGGUGCGUCGCCGCAGGUGCUGUUCAUCCUGUCCUCCAUCACCGCUCUGGUGCUCGACGGCAGGCUCGACGGCAGGCUCGACGGCGGCGACAGCACCACCCUCGCGUACGCGCAGUUCCAGGAAUCGCAGCUCCAGGCGCUGAGGCAGUGGUCCGCCGAGCCGCGAGGGCCGGAGCACGACAUACUGGUCGCAACCGCAGAGGCGUUCCGGCUUGCGGCGCUGGUGUACCUGCGGUGCCGAAUCUACGGGAUGACGCGGUUCCACCCCUCUGUGGUCGAGGCGUCCGAGGCGCUGUGCGCGCUGCUCCUCGCGCUGCCCGUCAAGGGCCCGCUGUACACGGCCAUCUACCCGGUGUGGCCGCUGUUCGUGGCGGCCGUGACGGUCAACUCGGAGAAGCGGGACCGUCUGUACCAGCACGUGGUGCCGAUUCGCGAGGGCGACAAGAACACACUGCCGGCGGUGCUGAGGCGGGUGAGCGGCAUGCGGGUGUGGCUCGCGCAGCAGGACGCGACGUGUCAGCGGAGAGACGGGUGGUGGGAGGAGAUGCUGAGCCCACGGAGUAGUACGGUCGCGUUGGGGAGGAACCUGCUGUGCUUGGGUUAGGGUCGAUGGACAUGGCCGGCAUCUACAUGGUGUGCUUCUUUUGCGGUCGCGUUGGGGAGAACCUGCUGUGUUUGGGGUGAGGGGUGAGGGGUGAGGUUGAUGGGCAUGGCUGGCGUUUUGCACGGAGUGUUUCUCUGGCGCACUUCUGUAUACCCUUGGACUUCUUGGAUUCGGUCAUCGCACCGGCGUCCUACACGAGACGUGGCGUUGUAUGUACUUGGUCCCGCCGUUGAAACAAUUCAU